AUGCCUCCAUCCAUCGUCGACAAUGACCGCUUCAUGCUUCUUAGGCAGCUAGGAGUAGCUGUGGCAUCUGAUAAAUCCAAGAUUGUUGCUGCCAAAGUGGAAGCUCAAGCAAAGAGCUCGUCUGGUGCAGCGAAUUGCAAUGCUACUAGGAUCUUGUGGCGAGGGAGACCUGUCAUGCAGCUGAGCCGUUGUACUUUGGUGCUCAAGGCAAAUAUAACGUUCUAG